AUGGUCUCCAUCUUCAUGUUGGGCAUAGCAUUGACGCUAACAACCCCUGGUACGGCUGCUCCAGUGCGCGUCCGGAGGGCUGGCACGGACAACCUGACGUGUCCUAAUAAGCGUUGCGACUGGCUGACACGCACGCUGUACGAAUUUUCUCCAGACAGCGCACCGUGCGACGACUUCUACCGGCACGUGUGCCGCACGCGUGACGGCCGCUGGCUCAGUCGCACUAGUCACAUGGACUUCGAUGUCAACAGUGCAGUCUCGCGACUUCUCCAGAAACCGCUGUCACCAAAGAUGCGUGGGACGGCGGCACAGAAGGCAGCCAGUCUCUACUCUGCGUGUACCAACUUAUUGCGUCCGGACCAGUCCGAAAUGAAGGACCUGCGCAAGUUCAUGCACAACAUGGGUUUGGAUCUCUUCGCCAUGGGUGACAAGUCGAAGAAAGACGCGGUCGACAUCAUGUGCGCUCUCUUCUUCCGAUACGGCAUCAACACGCUGUUGUCCUUCACGAUGCACGACCUGAUUACCGUCAACGGAAAGAAGCUCAUUAGCGUGGGCUUCAGCCGCAACUUCGACGCCUGGAUCGUGAAGCGUGAGAAGCUGAUCACGGCGAGCAAAAUCACUCACUUUUACGUGCACUACGUGAACGCCUACCACAACACCAGUCACAACGAAACGUGGGACGUGCUGUCGAAGGUGUCGGACGCAGACAACGUGGCCUGCUCCCUGCUGGCGUCCCUUCUGCGCAAGAGGGACGCAGCUCCCGUUCGCCUGAAAGUUCGGCGCUUGUCUCGCUACACGCAGUCGAUGGUGUCCAGCCAGGAGUGGGUCGACGCCUUCAGUGUGCAGAGCCAUUCCGCGUACACCGCGGACGACGUCGUGUACGCGAAGCCUGCGGCGCUCAGGUUCUUCGACGCCCUGCUCUCACGACUGGAUCACGAGGGCGUCAAGUACGAGAUGGCCUGGUGCCUGCUCAGGGACUAUGGCUCGUACGCCGACAGACGGCUCGUCGACAGCCUCGCCAGACACAACCAGACGUGCCUGGAAAGAGUAGCGGCCGUCAUGGGACCCGCGUUGUACGGCACCUACAUCUUCAAGCACAUCAGUUCGAAGUCCAUCGAAACCGCCACCAACAUGGCGCUCAAGAUCCGCAGGCAGGCCGAGUUGGAAAUCGCGAGGGUGACGUGGCUGGACGCGAAGACGAAACACCAGGCGCUGAAGAAGAUACAGAACAUCACGUUUCAUAUAGGCUUCCAUAAAGGAAUGCGUGCUAUGGCAGACCUCGACAGCUACUACCUGAACUACCAGUCCGCACCGAAGCAUUUCCUGCUAAGCUGGCUGCGCGCAUCCAGGCUUACGCGAUCGAAGCGGCUUGGAGACCAGAACAUGCUGCUACCGCACCGCGAAUUUCCGACGGCCGCCUACAUUGGACAAGAUAACGCUGUGUUUAUAUCAGCCGACCUCCUCCGACCACCCGUGUUCCUGCACGCAGGACCGGAGUCCUUCAACUAUGGCGGCCUGGGACACAUCAUCGCCCACGAAAUUUUUCACGCUUUUCUGAUCUCGACAAAAUUAUUUAACGAGAAUAAGACAUACCACGGCGAAAGCGAACAGGGCACAAUGCGGGACAAGAUGCGGUGCCUGAGGAGCUCUUACGACGAGGCGCUAGAAGGCGCGUCGCUGCCAUCAUGCCGCCAUUCGGACGCGGAGAACGUCGCCGAUCUUGCCGGCGCAGCUUUGGCGUUCCGGACGUACGUCAACUUAAGCGCCCGCAACAUGACGGCAGCGCAGCAUAACUCGGAAGAACAGCGCCAAAUGUUCUUCGUCGGUCUAUGCCUCAAACUCUGUGAGCACGAAGAAAGCGACGCCUCACUAUUCGCACCAUCGCCCCUUCGGUGCGUGGUGCAACUGAAGAACAUGCCCGAGUAUUCGCGCGCGUUCCGCUGCCAUGACGGCGACCCUAUGAACGCUGCCACCAAGUGCUCUGUUAUAUGA